AUGCCAAUACCCACAUCCGUCUCUCUCACUCCCUCACGCCAAAACAAAAAAAAUAAAGAAAGACACUUUCUUCUUCUCCUUCACGCUUCACUUCCACUGCUCACUACACAACUCCAACAGCCGCAACCUUCCGUAACACCGUGCUUCUAUUCACCUUCACCAUCAAUCGCCCUCAUCAUCAUAUCCGCCGCGAGAUCUCUUCACACACGAAACCCCACUUCUCCAUAUCGCACAACUCAAAACGCUUCACAUGAAGUCCGAUGGUAUUCAUGCAACAUUUUCUCAACUCAAGACCACGCCGCCGCCGCCAUAGCUCGUGACAAUGCUGUUGUAUUCGCUUGGAAGGGUGAAACCCUACAGGAAUAUUGGUGGUGUACUGAACGCGCUUUGGAUUGGGGUCCCGGUGGUGGUCCAGAUCUAAUUGUUGAUGAUGGUGGUGAUGCUAGUCUUUUGAUCCAUGAAGGUGUUAAAGCUGAAGAGCUUUUUGAGAAAACCGGUGAGGUUCCUGAUCCUACCUCUACUGAUAACGAUGAGUUCCAGCUUGUGCUUACCAUCAUUAGAGAUGGGUUGAAGACUGACCCUCAAAGGUACCGUAAAAUGAAGGAGAGACUUGUCGGUGUUUCGGAAGAGACUACAACUACUGUUAAGAGGCUUUAUCAGACGCAAGCCAAUGGAACUCUUUUGUUCCAUGCUAUUAAUGUCAAUGACUCUAUCACCAAGAGCAAGUUUGACAACUUGUAUGGAUGUUGUCACUCUCUUCCAGAUGGUUUGAUGAGGGCUACUGAUGUUACGGGUGCUGAGAAAGAGCGCGUGACUGGUGGGCGGCGACUAGUCAAAUGUGAGAAAUCUCAAACUCAGGCGACUAGACAAGAUGGUGAUGAAAAUAUAAGCUAUAGUGCCCCGAGUACAUGUUAUAGUAAUUCCAGUGUAUUGGAGCAGGGGCUGUUGCCAAUUGAUGAUACUGGCAUUUCCUAUGCAUCAUCCAUUUGUGCAGCACCACUUUCUAGACGGUUUUGGAAAGCUGGGAGCUAUGAUGAGGGGCAUGGUUCUCAAACUACAGCUACAGAUGGAAAGAACUAUCUACAUGUACACCCCACGUUCCUUCACUCAAAUGCAACUUCACACAAGUGGGAAUUUGGCGCCAUAGCAGAGCUUCUUGAUAAUUCUGUUGAUGAGAUCCAAAAUGGGGCUACCUUUGUCAGUGUAGAUAAAAUUUCAAAUCCAAGAGAUGGAAAUCCAGCAUUGUUGAUUCAAGAUGACGGGGGCGGCAUGGAUCUGGAAGCAAUGCGUCGCUGCAUGAGUUUUGGAUUUUCAGAUAAAAAUUCAAAGCUUGCUAUUGGACAAUAUGGAAAUGGCUUCAAGACUAGUAGUAUGAGGUUUGGUGCAGAUGCUAUAGUCUUCAGUCGCCAUCUGGAUAAUGGGAUUUUGACUCGAAGCAUUGGACUUUUGUCAUAUACAUCUCUGAUGCAAACGCAACUUGACAGAAUAGUAGUACCAAUGGUGAAUUAUGAGUAUAAUACUUCAACUUCAUCGUUGGAUGUAUUAAAUGGCAAAGAACAUUUUAUGGAAAAUUUAGAAUUGCUGUUGCGUUGGUCACCAUAUUCAUCCGAAGCAGAUCUUCUGAACCAAUUUCAAAACAAAAUCAAACAAUUCUCGAUUCAAUUUCCAUACCCAUGUAAGUCGAUUGCUUUUAAGCAUCGCCAUCAACCUUCGCAUUAA